AUUAUAAUUUUGUGAUAAAAUUUCAAGGAAAAAACACACACAACCUCCUUCCUCCCUUCCUUCUGGGGGGGAAUAGAGUGAGAGUGGAGAGAAAUAUAUCUGAGACAGAACAGGGACAGUGAGAAAAAUAUAUGAGUGGGAAAGGAGGGAGGGAGGAGGAGGAGGGGGGAGCAAAUUAAAAGUUGCCAAAUGGAGAUAUUGGGUUUCAAGAAGAGUGAGACAGGAGUAAGGGUUUGCCUUCUUUCAGUCGUCUUUAUGUUAUGCUAAUCGAAAUAAAUAUUUAUGUCUCGACGCUGUUUAGUCCGUUUAACCGUGUCAACGAAUUAUGUCCGACGUUUCUAAAUAGGCGACAACGGAGCUAACCAAGAACAGGCCGAUGUUUACCAGUUAAAAAAAAAAAAUCCUCGGUCAAAUAAGUAGCCCCAAGAGCUGCUUGAUGGAAAUCGCCACGCUCUAGUAAAUUCCACGAUUUGAAAUACGUCUGUUCAGCAAAUCGAGAGAAAUGUGACGUUUUGCAUGCUGGCAGAUGAGCUAAAUACUGUAGAAGACGAGUGGUAGCUUUUACCCCAACAGAGAAGGAGCACGUCAGCUAGAGGCUGGAAGGACAGGCUUUUUUUGUUGUUGUGCUCCAAUACGAUUCAUUGUCUGUCGAUUCAGUCUAUAUUUUGGGGGACAUAAAAAAAAAAAAUAGCAAGCUAUACAUUAACUGGCUUUGUUAACGACGCCGAAGAUUGAGCGUCGUGCCACGACUGUCGUUAGCUAGCGGUUCGACUCAGCACAAUGCUAAGAUUUGGGAGGGUGUUAUUGCCAUGUCGAAAUUCAAUUGGAGCAAAAAUGUUUCGACUAUUCUUCGGAUGAGCUGGUUUAGCUAUCUCUUCUUAUACGCCUACUCCGACCACUGGGCGAGUUGUAGGGGGGGAGAGGAAAUGCUAUAUUGUGUGUUUAUUUUUGCAUUUAUUGGCCAGCUAGCUGACUGAGUUCAAGCUAGCUGCUCGUUUUCCCACAUUCGGCCAAAUGUAUCUAGUCAAAUCUUUGAUAUUUCCAAGCCAACUGACAGGUUUUUUUUGACACUGCGUAUGAAUUCGGACAGUUAAACGUUAUUUGACACGUAUAAAUGCAAUGUUUAGUGGUGCUAGCUCGCCGCUAUGGCAUAAAAUAACCCAAAUGAAAUGGGCAGAGGGACAUUAUAAAGCUAGCUAGUCGCGUAGCCGACAUACUACGACGCCAUCAGAUUAUUUUCAACUAAUCUUUCGUUAACUAACAAUACUUGAAGGGACCAUCCAAGAGCGGGUAUAUCGGUUUAAUGUGUGAAGUAAAAUAUAUUGUUUUGUUUCCUUUUUGGGGGGUGGAAAACUGCAUAUAAAGUGCCACGCUUAUCUGCGUAUGCCACAUGUUUUGUUAAGGACAAACAUACAAACUAGCAGCCCAACUAUAGAAAAUGCAACUAGUUUCGCCAUUUCAAAACGGCCAGUUAGAUCUGAUUAACCAUAUUCGUGUAAUUCCCUUUACAUUGAACUACUCAAUUGUAGCUGAGACUUUGUCGCAUUGUUUUGAGUCUCAUCAUCAGGCUUUUCUUUCUCAAAUAAAGAUGGUGGCGGAGUCGCCAUUUUGUUUCAGACUGACACGGGAGUAAGAGGCUACAUCACUGACUGGACACAAUGUAUCAGAUUUGUAAUUCGACAUGACAUCGAAUGAAUGAUACAAAUAAGUUUGAAAAAAAUACGUCUAUAAUUGGGACACAUCACAGUAUAUUAGGCCCCCUACACUGGCAAUCCAUUUUUCAAAGCCCAACCUUGUUUAACUCGGCCAUUGCGGCUCUAUGAAUGAACCAAAUAACAGGUUCGCCCUUGAGAAUAGUAUGAUACUAUUGCUAUUCACUGUUCUAUGGCCCCUUCCGUCACAAGACGACGGUCAACAUCAUAGGAGUUAGUUCUGUGGAAUGUCUGCUAUAAAAUGCUUUCUAAACGUUCAACUCCCAGACAACCUUGAAAUUGAACAGGGUGGAGUUAUUUACACCGAUGGCCAUCUUCAUUCUAUGGGAGGUGACAGGAGAGACGACCAAUAUGCAGGAGAAGGGUAGGGUUCGGGAGCGUCACUCCCGGUCUGCUGUAGAGAGCAUGGUGCUUGCAACGCCAGAAUAAUGGGGUUGUUUGCACACGACUGUAAAUCGCUUUGGAUAAGAGCGUCUGCUAAAAUAUCCUAUAUUAUUACUCUCAGGGAAUCUGGAUACUAGGUGGAGGGAUAGGGGCAAUACUGUACGUACUGUUCUCUUAACCUCCCUCUCCCUUUCCUGUAUCUCUCCCAUCUGUCUCUCUCACCCUGCUCCCUUCUACUCCAGCACAGAAAAUAAAGGGUGGUUAAUUAAUGAUUCCAUGCCCGCUGUCAGAAAGCUGUGAGUGUUUUAUUUCGUCAUCACCAACUGUCACCACACACCACUUCCUCUUUAUUGGCCCACUGUCAAUGUUUCUGCAUUGCUCUUUAGUGCUCAUAAGCAUUCAUAGGAAUUGUUGCCUCUAUCUAGAGUAGUGACGGGUUUGAAUAAAAACUCAUAUUGCAUUUGAGCAUUUUACAGAAUGUAUACAGUUAAAAGCCUUAAUAGAAUAUUUUCCACUUAUCCUUCAUUCCAUUACACAUCAUUUUUCUCACAUCAUCCUCCACUCUGCUCUCAUCCAACCCUCCUCUCAGUUCGUCCCUCUCUGCUUUCACCUCUCCCAGGUGUCAUGGAUGAUGAGGACGAUCGCCGUCUUCUGGAUAUUAUAGGAGAUGUGCAAGCAUUGAAUGACUACCUCCACGGCUCCACCAACAAGUCUAUUGAGGAGGAUGAUGUGACGAACGCAGUGUACGGCUCUGCUGGAACCUUCUUCACUAGUAACACUGCUGGCUCUAACUCCGGCCUCAAAGAUGGCGAGUUUGAGGAUUCAGCGGGUGCUGGCCUCCAGCUUUCCAGCAGCCUAUCGUUCAUCGAGGAUGAGCUGGGGGGAGGAGCCUCUCCAGGAGGAAUGGAUCUUGGAGGAGGAGAGGACCAGCACUUUGACAUCCUGCAGAAGUCUCUCAUGGAGGCAGACAUCACUGAACAGACUCUGGAACAGGAGGCCAUGCUAGACUCCCAACCACCUCCCCCUCCGGCCCCCUCCCCAUUCCCCGCCCAGCUGGUCUCGGGGGGGUACAGUGGCGGGGUCACCACGGCGACAGCAGCGUUUCCCAGUGGUCAGUUUCUCCAGGGCGUAUCCCAGGUGUCCCAGGUGUCCCAGCUGCACAACGGCCAGGCAGGGGGGCACAUCCAGGUGUUGGGGUCCUUCGGAGGUGGAGGGGUCCAACAGAUCCUCCUCCGGCAGGGUGGGGAGAUCGGGGGGGUGAUGGGGGGAGUAGCAGCAGGGGGGCAGGUGUUCGCCGCCUCCUCCCAAGUGGGCCAGGUGAACCAGGUGGGCUUGCCCUUUAAAAACAUCCCCCUGCAGAACAUCAUCAUCCAGAGAGGACAAGGGGGCACCCAGGCCCUAGUCAGACCUAUCCAGCCCAAACCCCUUCAAGCUGGGGCUCAGACAGUCUACAGCCUGGGACUCCAGACCACAACCACCACCAUGGUUAACACUGCGGCCCAGGGAAACUACACAGCUAAUGGCUCCAUCCUGGUCCACUCUCCGCUGGGGCAGCAGAACCAGGGACAACAAGUCCAGGCCAAUCUGGCCCCAGGGCAGUACCUGGUCCACCACAAUGGCUCCUCAGACCCAUCCCAAUCAACCAUGGUAGCCAAUCAGAACACAGUGCAGCUUGUCACCGGGCAGAACUUCACGGCGACGGCGGGUGGUCAGCUGAUCCAAGUGGGAGGCAGUCAGGUGGGAGUAGGAGGAGCCAUGACCCAAAAAUGGCAGACUUUUCCUGGUACUAGCCCUGCCCCCAUCCAGGCGGCAUCAAAUCAGGGGUGUCUGACGCUGGUUGGCACGGCGACCGCAGGGGUUCGGGGUCAGGUGUCGUGCAGCCCAGUGCAGCGCCUCGCAGUGACUCAGAACAGCAGCUCCCUCUCCCCCAUGUCUCUCUCUGGUACUGGUACUGCCACACAGGAUGAGGAAUACUCACAGGCUCAGACACAGCUCGUCAACCUCCUUGGAAACAAAGCUGUGAAAACAAUGACCUCCGUGAGCCAAGACUCCCUGCUAAACACACAGGUCAGCGCUCAGAAGAGGCAGGCCCCUCAGCAGCUCACCAGAGGAGCAAUGAUGCUACAUCAGUUGACGAUGGAUCGUUCAGGGGUUCUGUCACCUGACAUCACCCGCUUCACCUCAUUGGACGACGCACUGCACAGACUCCUCCCUUACCACAUGUUCCACGGUGCUCCGCCCAACAAGGAAGAGUUUUCUCAAGUGGAUGAUGAGUUUGAGACGAUGGCGACUCAGGUGUUGAAGAGGACCCAGGUUAUGAUCAACAAAUACAGACGACUGCUGAUGGUGGAGGCUGAGCGCUCCAGUCCCUCCUCAGAGAUGGUGAUGAUUGACAGGACCUUUAACCAAGAGGAACGGCAGAACCUGACACAGGACAAACGUAUGAUACUGGUUGACCCAGAUGGCUUCUUGGAAGAUUUCUGUUGUGCGGUGAAGCCGUCUCUCCUCUCUCCCCCCUGCCUCCCCUUGGACCCUCUCUCCUCCCCCUCGUCCAGCCAUGGCCAUAGACAGUCAGUGGGGGGGUUGAACACAGACCCCCCUCACAGGACAGACCCCCAGUCAGGCUAUGGAGACCCGGGGGGAGGUAGUGGGGGAGGAGGAAAAGACUCUUAUAAGAGUAUCAUUGACCUGAAGAGAACUCAACAAAGCAACUAUGGAAACAAAGCUGCUUGUAGCAACAACAACAACAGCAACUAUCACCUUGGAAACGUGGCUGCUACGGCCACAGCGGCAGUGUCGACAGGGACGGAACAGACUCAGCACCUGUCUCACCUGCCCUCUCACCCCCAGGUCCCCCUACCACUCCCUCCCACCCCGCCCGACACAGACUCGGUUCUAGAGGCAGCCGUCAACAGCAUUCUAGAAUGUUAGAGACUGACAGGCAGACGUGCCCAUCACUCUAUCCUUCCAUUCCUCCAUCUCUCAUCCUCCCAUCCUUUCCCCUCAGCUCGCUCCAGGGAUUACAUGCUUGUUGUUUAUUUUCUCCUUCUCUCUCUCAUUGUCAGUCCACUUCAACCAGCUCUGAGUUAGUUACAGCCAUAGAAAUAUAAUCUAGAUUGUAUUUCUAUGGUUACAGUAUUAUAUUUACUGUAGGACAGCCAGGUGUCAUGAUCUUUGUGACAUCAUAUCCUGUUGGGUGUGAGUGGGGAGAGGAUGCAAAGAUUGUCUAUUAUAUUGAUAAAAUAGUCGAUUGACUGCUCUAACAAUGGAAAUAUAUGUCCUCUAAGAUGGAAGGCAGGUGGGAGGUGGCGAGAUCAGGUAGGACUAUUUUAGCCAAUGAGAGGGCAGAUACGUGUGGGAAUAACAGGCCAUGGAGAUAGAUGGAGGACUCAUCUCUGUAUCUGUGCCAUCAUAGCAUCUGUGACAGCAUGGGCAGCGCCAUUGAGGCUAUUUCCAUUUUAAAGUAGUACAUUUUCUUCUUCAUUGGCCGAUUGCUUCCAACUCAUAGGAAUUCCCACCCAGUUGGCUAUUUUAAAAUGGUGGAAGCCCCAAUGGCCACUUUAAAACGAGUUAUAUCCACGAAGAGUUCUCUAUAUACAGUAUCUCUAUGACAACAGGUACAACUCAGAUAUUAAUGCCACGUGUGUCCACUUAUAUCAGUGCAUUUGUAACAACCUAACCAUUGCAAAACUUCUAUUUGAUCAAAUAAGCCUCAUGAAGCAAAUGAGCAAUUACAUUUUUUGUUGGCCAAAUUCGACACCCUUUCUCAUUGACCUCUAAAGAAACAUUCCUAAAUUCCUGAAACUCAAUGUUAGGCUAUGUCCCACAAAGCUGAAGUUCAGGGAGGAGGAAGAUGAUGAUUCUGUGCCUGAGAAAUUCUACAUUGUCCUUGAAAUGUUUACAUGAAGAAGCCUUGUAAGAAAUGUUAUUUUUGCACCUGACAUUAUACACCUACACAUAAAAUACAGUAGUAAUUGAUGGAUUGGAAAACUACAACAAAUAUUGUGUUUUCUACUUUUCUACUUUCUACUUCAGUCUUCACGGUAAAGUCAAACCAGAGAGACUCACUCACACUCUUGUGUCUAUAUAACGACUAAACAAGCAGCUUUUGGUUUUCUGUCAGUUGUCAUUUUCUUAUUUGGCAUUUUUCUUUUGUACCUUAAAGGUAUGUGACGCCCCUCUGCACUCACACACAUUCACUCUCGUUAGAGUGUAUUGGUGCUGGGGGGGAACUAACUCCUCAGAUUGAGGGAGAAAUGUUUUGCCGUGUUUAUCUUUUUUUGGUUUCAAUUUUUUAAUUUUUAUAAAUCACGAUUUGUGUUGUUAGGGAUGUGUGUACCAGCGAAGUUAACACGCAACCACUGUAACCAUGGUGAGAUUUAAUGACUCUGGAAGGUCAUGGGUUGUAUGUCUCUGCGUACGUACGCUGGACGAAUGUCACUCAUUACUUCGCCUGCUUAACUUUCCUCUCCUCUUCUAUCCAUCACGUCACUCAAUCCUCCUGCCCCGCCCAACAAUUAUACCCCAAUCAACAGGAGAGAGAGAGAGAGGGGAGUGUCUAUGCUCAUAAAUUGACUGAAUGAACAGACUGAAGGCUUUAGAGAGAGAACACAGCUGUCUGUUUUACAUGUUGUCUUGUCAACCCUCUGUAUUUCAGCCCUGGUCCUGACCACCCCCAUGUCUCAAAUUACACCCUAUGCCUGUGAUAGUGCACUACUUUUGACAAGCUUAUGUGGCGUGGAGCAAAAGUAGUGCACUUAAUGGGGAACAGUCGUUUCCCACAGGAGUGCCUAAGGUUGAUAAACUAGGCUCUUUCUGCCAAGGAGUGACACAUUUUUACUUCAUUACCCCCAUUUUCACUGUUUACUUUUGUCUCACUCUGUACAUGAUUUGUAUAGUUUUUAUAUAUAUCUAUAUAUAAAAAUGAAACAAUAUUUAUACUUUUUUGUAAAGAAGAAGAAUGUAAAAACAGUUUUUUUUUUGUAUUCUGUUGGCUAUGAAGUGUUCCAAGUGAAAUUGUUACAAAUACUGUGUUGUUCAUUUUUAGUUUGUGUUCACUACAACAGAAAGAGAAAAGUCAACAAUAAAUUCAUUUUGAAUACAAUCAUAAA